CCCGAGCAAAGCGGCAUGUCCCUCGGCCGGCGCAUAGCCCUCGGUGGCCUAGUAGUCGGCGCAGCACUGUAUUUCUGGCCGAGCGCCUCACCAGGAGUUCCCGGCGCCCCAAUUACUACCGCUAAAACCACCAGUGUACAGAACAUAGAGAAAGCUUAUGCGAGAAGUGGUGCCACUUCCACACACACCAAGGCAUAUGGGGGAACAAUACAGGGACAAAAAGAAGAUGCACCGAUGAGAGAAGGCUCUGCCACAAACAAACCCACAGGAUGCCAGCAGGAUGGGAUGGGAGACGACCAGCGGCCGAACAACCCCACCAAGCCUGAGAAAUGGUGGAACAAGACGAUGUAUGGGAGUGAAAAGGGGAAAUGA